GUCGGAGGGCGCCGGCGCGGCGCCCGCGCACGUGACGACGAGGUAGACAACUUGGUCGCUUUUGCGAACGCCAGGGCUGUAAGCACCGUCGAAAAGCUGCGUGGGCGCAGCGUGGCUGAGAAGCUCUUCGCGAAGUUGGUGCCGAACCCCUUGGUCUCGUCCUUCCUCGUGCACCCCGAGUGGCUGACGCACCGUGGCGGCGAGGCGUCGCGCGAACUCAAUGCCACCGACCUUGAGCUCCGCGCGCUGCUCCACAACACCAGAAAAAAGGUGCCCCUUGCUUCGGUGCCCCUGAGAAUCCUGCUGACGAGGGUCUGGUUCAACGGGGAGGGCUUGCUGGAGAAAGCACUGGCGACUUACGAGGAACGCUCUGGGCAAGCCUUUGGGGGGGGCAGGUGCUUCGACGAGAGUGCUUCCGCCUCGGUGGUUAACGACGCCACCAUCAAUCUGGCCUACGCGGGGUGCCGGAGGACCUCUUGGAACGCGGAGCACGCGCGCCAGGCGGGCCGCAGAGGGUCGCGCGAGCAGAAGCAGGUGAUGGCGAAGUACAUCGCCGAGCUUCUGCGGAAGAGCCGCUUCGCGACGGCGGCGCGGCAGCUGGAGAGGGGGCAGCCGCUCUGCGACGUGCUCGGGAAGACGCCACGUGUGAAGCCGAGGCUGGUUGACCCGAGCUUGUGGGUGGGAGAUUUCACAAUCUCACACCUGGGGGGCCUCUGCUGCGAACUCAGGCGGUGGGGGAACAGGGCUGACAACGAGAAGGGCCGCCUCAGGACUACUGGCGGCAAGGCGAUGAGAGCGCAGCUCAGGCGCCGGGGCAGGCUGCUCUCUCUCCCCGACGGGCACUCGGGCUUGCGCCUGAGGCCGAAGCCGCCCGACGCCUUCCAAGCGGUCGGCGUGGUUCUGGCGCACCAGCAG